CCCGUUACGUCCUGCGCUUUCUCUUCUUCCUGUUCACCUUGAUUUCUUGAUGUUGGGUUCGUGAAUCCCAUCGGCUCGCUGUCCCGUUCGAACUGGGUUGCGUUGGUUUCUUUAUCCUGGAAUUGGAUGGAGGUUUAAUUAUCGAUUGUAGAUAGACCUGCUAAGAAUAUAGAGGCCAGCAUGAACAUUAUCGGAUCUGUCUCUCCCAUGAAGUUAAGUGGAACAAUUCAGAGAAGAUACUGGUGGCAUCCAAAUCCUGAUAAAAAAUGUUCAUUUCACAAAUGUUCUGGAAGCAACAAACUGGAAUCGUUCAGGAAUAGUGAGUUCAUGGGUUUCAAAAUGAAGGCUCCAAUUUGGUUGCUUAAGGACAAGAAGCCAAGACAUGGUGCCAGCCCUCUCCAGGUUUUCUGCAAAGACUUCCCGAGGCCUGAACUUGAGAACACUGUUAGUUUUCUAGAAGCUGCCCAGUUAUCUUCAUCUUUCUGCAAUGGUCCACGGCCAAGAAAACCUCUGAAGGUUGUCAUAGCCGGUGCAGGUCUGGCUGGUCUAUCUACGGCAAAAUAUCUAGCAGAUGCAGGUCAUAAGCCUAUAGUCUUGGAGGCUAGAGAUGUCCUGGGUGGAAAGGUUGCUGCUUGGAAGGACAAUGAUGGAGAUUGGUAUGAGACAGGCCUCCAUAUAUUCUUUGGGGCAUAUCCCAAUAUGCAGAACUUGUUUGGGGAACUUGGUAUCAAUGAUCGCUUGCAAUGGAAGGAGCAUUCUAUGAUUUUUGCAAUGCCGAACAAGCCAGGAGAGUUUAGCAGAUUCGAUUUCCCAGAAACUCUUCCUGCACCUUUCAAUGGAAUAUUUGCAAUAUUAAGAAAUAGUGAAAUGCUGACUUGGCCAGAGAAAGUGAGAUUUGCACUUGGACUUUUGCCAGCCAUGCUUGGAGGGCAAGCUUAUGUGGAGGCGCAGGAUGGGUUGACUGUUACAGAGUGGAUGAGAAGGCAGGGUGUGCCGGACCGAGUCAAUGAUGAAGUUUUCAUUGCCAUGUCCAAAGCACUCAACUUUAUAAACCCCGAUGAGCUUUCCAUGCAAUGUGUAUUAAUUGCUUUGAACCGUUUUCUUCAGGAAAAGCAUGGUUCAAAAAUGGCCUUCCUAGAUGGUAAUCCUCCUGAAAGAUUAUGCAAGCCAAUUGUUGAUCAUAUUGAAUCAUUGGGUGGAGAAGUUUGGGUUAAUUCACGAACUCAGAAAAUUGAGCUAAACCCCGAUGGAACUGUAAAGCACUUUUUGCUCAGCAGUGGAAACAUAAUCAGUGGAGAUGUUUAUGUAAUUGCCACUCCUGUUGAUAUCUUGAAGCUUCUUUUACCGCAAGAGUGGAAGGAUAUUCUGUACUUCAAGAAGUUGGAAAAAUUAGUGGGAGUCCCUGUUAUCAAUGUACAUAUAUGGUUUGACAGAAAACUGAAGAACACCUAUGACCAUCUUCUAUUCAGCAGGAGUCCUCUUUUGAGUGUAUAUGCAGACAUGUCCGUCACAUGCAAGGAAUAUUAUGAUCCUGAUCGUUCAAUGUUGGAAUUAGUGUUUGCUCCUGCAGAACAAUGGAUCUCAUGCAGUGACCAGGAAAUUGUUGAUGCCACUAUGCAAGAACUGGCUAAGCUAUUUCCUGAUGAGAUUGCGGCGGAUCAAAGUAAAGCCAAAAUUCUGAAAUAUCAUGUAGUAAAGACUCCAAGAUCUGUUUACAAGACUGUUCCAGAUUGUGAACCAUGCCGCCCUUUGCAAAGAUCCCCGGUUAAAGGUUUCUAUCUGGCUGGCGACUAUACAAAACAGAAAUAUUUGGCUUCCAUGGAGGGUGCUGUGCUAUCUGGGAAGCUUUGUGCUCAGGCAAUCACACAGGACUAUGAUGUGUUGGUUGCUCAGGCCGCCCAGAGAGAAGUCCAGGUGUCAAUAUGAGUGUCAGCUAGUUGAUUUAUCAUUAACAUCACUGCAAAAGGAAUUUUAUAGGCAUAAGUCAAAAUUGUUUCUGUAAUUGGCCUUUCCAAAUAGCUCGAAGUACCUGUAAGAGUCCAACUAUUGUAGGAAGAUUGCUUUUCACUCUUGAGCAACAUCAAAACCGAAAGAUCCUCUUUUACUGCAACUUGAGGAUGACAAGUGCCAACAGUUAUGUAGAAUGAAUAUUGCCAGUACAUUCUCAUGACCA